AUGGUGGCUCCGCGCAACACCGCCUAUGCGGAAGAGAGCGCCGAGGUGGAGGUGCUGUAUGCCAACCUCGAGAAGCUCAAUCGCCUCACCAAGAAGAUUCAGGGGUCCAUGGUGCGCCUGGAGACCGGUGGAAAGGUCGUCAAGGAAGCCAUUGGCCCCAUCUACAGCAACACGCAGUCCCUCCAGAUCACCAACAGCAACAUUGAUAAGGUCAACGAUGCGAUUGAUCGUUUACGCCAGCCCCUCGAUGCAAAGUCCCGAGAGGAGGGUGUCAUCCGCGCUGGUCCGCAAGCCACCGGCCUCGCGCAGUACCUGACCGCGAUGAGACGUGUUGAGAAGGCGCUGGUCGACCUCAACACGACGAACAUGCGGUCCAACCAGAAAGCAAUCGCCGACUUUAAUAAUCUUCUGAAUACAGGCAGUGUGAAGCUGCAGGACAUGUUCCGGGACGAGUUGAGUUUGCAUAUCAGCCCGGUUGAGCCGCUGCAUUAUCUGACCAAAGAACUCCCUUUCCCCUCCAUUCCCGACGACACGAUCUCCAAACUUACCCCGCUAGCUGCUGCAAUCAGCUCGGCAGCCAAGAAUGGGCCACUGCUUGGCUCGGGGGAUAAUCCCGCGCUCAAGAUAUAUGCCGAAGUGCGCGGGUCGUACAUUACCUCCGGCCUGCAGAACCUGGCCAUCGCCUCCCUCAACACGGUCAAACGCAAACCGCAAGACGGCCCCUACAAACAAGGCACCAACGGGAUUGGGAUCUACUCGAAUGCGCUAGAAGGAUUUAUCACCACAGAACAUGCCAUCAUCAAUCAAAUCUUUACCGGGGACCAGCGAGGCUUGGCGUUGCAGGCCACUUUCCUGUCACCGAUGGCAGAAUAUUCCAAGACUCUCCGGGAACUCAACCAAUAUAUCAAGGCCAACCUGAUGACGGAUUGUUUCCUCGCGUUUGAGAUCAUGGAGAUUGUGACAGCUAUGUCUUACCGAAUCGAUUCGAAGACGGGAGAGCUAAAGAGUCUCUUCAUCGAAGCUCUAAGGCCCGUGCGGGAAACUGCAAAGUCAUCUCUCUCAGAGCUGCUAGAAGAGACAAAACGCAAGGCUUCCAGCUCGUCGGCCCUGCCUCCAGAUGGCGGAUCGGUGCCGCUUGUGACGGAGGUGAUGAGCUCACUCUCUACCCUGACAGGCUACUCAGGACCAUUAGCCUCGAUCUUGACGUCAGUCGGUGAUGGGAACUGGCGCUCGCGAACCAACACGUCCGGUGCGGCUCCCCUGGAUGUCGGCCCGGAUAGUAGUACCCUUCUGUCUCACUUUAUUCUGGAUAUGAUUGAGGCCCUCAUGACUUCUUUGGAAGCACGGGGUCGGAAUUUCCACCGCACCAAGGCCGCUCUUGGUGUGUUUCUGUCGAAUGUUUUCUGUAUUGUCGACCGAUCGAUUCGCCAGAGCCCCGAACUGGCGCGUUAUCUCGGUGCACCGGACAGCAUCGCCCGCAUCGACACAUUCCGCAAGCGUGCAACCUCGACCUAUCUCGAUGCGUGGAAGGAAACCUCUCAGUGCUUGCUUGACGUGCAGUACACCUCCAAGACUGGGUCUCGGACCAGUUCCGGGGGCGCUGUGGACUCGAGCUCCAUUAUCAAGAACUUGUCGUCACGCGACCGGGAUGCGAUCAAGGAGAAAUUCAAAUCCUUUAAUGCGAGCUUCGACGAUAUGGUGUCCAAGCACAAAUCGCUGCACAUGGAACGGGAGGUACGCAACGUGCUCGCUCGGGAGUUGCAGGCUGUACUCGAGCCGCUGUACUCGCGCUUCUGGGAUCGGUACCAUGAGGUCGACAAGGGACGGGGCAAGUACAUCAAGUACGACAAGACCGGCCUGUCGACUCAGCUGGCACAGCUCGCCUAG